AUGGAUUAAAAUAAAAACGUUCAAUAAUGGAUACAAAUGGAAAAAAAUGCCGAUUCUAUUGAUAUUAAAUCAUAAGAAUAUCAAUUAGAAAUAUCCGAAAAAUAAACACAAAUUACAAGUCUUACCGGUUCAGAAGAAUAAUAGCCAUUUCGUUUUUCUUUCAGAGAAUUAUUAUCAUAUUUAGGCCCAGGUUUAUUAGUAUCAGUGGCCUAUUUAGACCCCGGUAAUUUAUCUGGAAAUAUAGAUGCUGGAGUAUCAAGUAGAUAUAGUUUAAUUUGGGUACUAUUAUUAGCUACAAUAUUAGGAUAUUUAUUCUAAAUAAGAUCUAUGAUGAUUGGAUUGGCUACAAAAAAAGACAUGGCAAAAUUAUGUCGGAUAUAUUAUCCUCCAAAAAUAUCGAAAUUUUUAUGGGCAAUGUUUGAAAUUGCAAUUAUAGGUGCUGAUAUAUAAGAAGUAUUAGGAAGUGCAUUUGCUUUGAAUAUUUUGUUCGGAAUCAAAGUUUGGGUGGGGGUCUUAUUAACUAUUUUUGCAGCUUUUUUAAUACUAUUAUUUGCUAAAAAAUUAGAAAUUUUAUUCGGAAUUAUGAUCUCGAUUAUGGCCAUAAGCUUUUUUGUGGAAUUCAUGGUUGUAAAACCGAAUUAUUUAGAGCUUUUAUAAGGUAUAUUUAUCCCUUCAAUCCCUUAUGAAAGCUCUUUUGAUCCUCUGGUGGGCUUAAUAGGGGCUGUUUUAAUGCCACAUAAUUUAUUUUUACAUUCCUCUUUGGUUAUGGAUAAGAAAAUAGAAAAAAAGAAAUUAAAAAGUCUAUUUUCUAUUUAAAGGCAGAAGCAGGUCUUACACUUGCUUUAACUUUCUUUAUUUCGAUUACUGUUAUUGGAACUUUUGCUUUUUGGUAAGGAUCGGAAGAUGGCAGUGGAAUGGACUUGA